AUGAAACUUGUUCAAUGGAGUAUUGUUCUUGGGUUUUCUAGCAUGGCUCUUGCAGCCACUCCUGCUAUUAAUUCAGAACAUGAAUCUCACUUGCAGCGUCGUGCACUAGAAUUACCAGAACAAGAUAUGCAUCUGUUUGCUCGCUCGCCUAUACCAGUAAUCCCAACAGCACAAGGAAUAGCGGAUGGAGGAACUUUGUCGGGAAUACAGCAAAACCCAACAAACGCUGUGCCUGAAAAUUCAGGUCAAUCAAUUUGGAAUCCAAAGUUAAAAGCACGAUUAGACGGUCUGGUAAAUAUAGGAGACAAAGCAAAAGAAUCCAUAGCUCAGGCUGAACGAAAUAUGGGCAGUUCGGGUCAGCCACUUUUGAAUUCACAACAAAAAGCAAGUUUAGAAAAAAUAGCACUGGAUGGGCGGGAACUAAAACAGUUCAUGAACCGCGCCGAGCAAUCGGAAGUCUAUUCAAAAUAUCCCCCAGACAGUAUAAAAUUUUCACAUCUGGAUAAGGUGUCAAGAGAUUGGUUAAAAGAGUUGGAAGGUAGAACAAAGAAACUAGAAAAAACUGUGAACAGAGCCAUUCAGAAGGUGCCCAAAUCAAAUCAACAUCCAGGUGGUUCGGGCCAAGUACCUCAGAAAAAGGGGCUAUGGAAUCGUAUGAAGGAAGGUGUUACAGGAGUAUUCAAGGGAAAAGGUGAUCCGAAUCAACAACCAGGUGGUUCUGACCAAGUACCCCAGAGAAAGGGAGCAUGGGGUCGUAUGAAGGAAGGUGUUACAGGAGUAUUCAAGGGAAAAGGUGAUCCGAAUCAACAACCAGGUGGUUCUGACCAAGUACCCCAGAGAAAGGGAGCAUGGGGUCGUAUGAAGGAAGGUGUUACAGGAGUAUUCAAGGGAAAAGGUGAUCCGAAUCAACAACCAGUACCGAGUAUGACAAAAGGUGAAAAGAAAGCUGCCAAAGAUCAGCGUAUGGAACAAAAGAAAGCUGCCAAAGCUGCCAAAGAUGAGCGCAUAGAUCAAAAGUACGAUCCCAAAAUUCAGCGUUUGAAGGAAAAGCAAGCUGUCAGAGCCGAGAUGAUGACACAAAAGAAAGCGCAGCUUACGGCUGCUAUGGCACAAAAGAAAGCGCAGCUUACGGCUGCUAUGGCACAAAAGAAAGUGCAACUUUCUACAACUUUUGGGAAAAUGAUGGGAAAGUAA